AUGGGUCCUGCUCUUCUCAUGCUGCUCACCGCAGCCAGCAUCUGGCACGGCUCAGCAUCCCCAGUGAUCAGCCCUGACCUCCCUGCUCUGGUUGUCAACACAGGUGAUCCAGUCAUCUUGCACUGCUCAGGAGAGUCCGAAGUUGAAUGGAAAAGCCGAAAGGAUACAUUCAGCAACCAAACCAGCAGCACGCUCAGUAUUCCCAAAGCCACUUACAGGGAUACAGGCACCUAUAAGUGUGCUUACGUCAACAGCACCGACAAGGGCAUUGCAACGGUACAUCUGUUUGUGCGAGAUCCCAAUAAUGUGUGGUAUACCCCGACUUUCCGGAUCUUCGUGACCAAAGGUGGUAAUGCUGAGCUCCCCUGUCUCAUCACAGCCCCUGAGUACGGAUCCAGCGUGACUCUGAUAAUGGAUGACACCUCUCAUCUCUCACCCGGGACCAACUAUUCUUUCAGUACUGAGAAAGGAGUAACACUAUACAAUGUGCAAAGCAAGCAGAAGGGCUUUUACCGAUGCCAAGCAGUGAUAAAUGGAAAAACAGAGAAGUCAUCAAGAAUAAGACUGCUUGUGGAAGAAGCACUGGAGAAGCCUGUAUCAGUGAUGAUGGACCCUAUAGACCAUGUGCGAAUCGUGGGCGAACCUUUCAAAGUCACUUGCAGAGUAAUUGCUCCUUCUCACAAGUAUGACAUCAGAUGGGUGACAGCAGCAACGAGCGUCAGAAGAACUAAAAAGCCUAGCUUUGAAAAUGAGAACUACUUCAUCAGCGACAUCCUGUCCAUUCCAGCGGUGACCAUGGAAGAUAGUGGGAAAUACACUUGUAUAUCCAUUUAUGAAGCUGGUACAAGCUUGUUUCUGGACAUGCCUCCUGAUGGUCAUGCUCUCCUCUAUCCUGCAGAGAGAGGUUAUGUGUUCCUGACCCCAGUGCAAGCCACCAGCCAGGAGGUUGCCUUGGGAGAGAGUCUGAGGCUGCAGGUCCACAUUGAGGCUUACCCAAAACUUCUCCACUGGGGCUGGGAGCACACAAACCCCUUGAAGAACUCCGGGACUACCACAUUCAAGAGCCAAAUGAUCUCUGGAAACAACUGGUAUGGCACAGCCCUGCUCCUCCACCGCCUGCAGGACGGAGAGGGAGGUCUCUAUACAUUUUAUGCCCUCAACAAUGAGACCAAUGCAUCAGUUACCUUCAGCAUCUCUGUGAAAUCUCCUCCAAGGGUCUGCAAAAUCAAGGUGCCAGCCAAUGACUCCAGCAUUCUUCAGUGCAUGGCCAUCGGCUACCCUGCCCCACGCAUUGAGUGGUACCAGUGCCCCAUUCACUCUGACAGAUACAAUGAGGACUACAGGUUGCUACUGAACAACUCCAGUCCCCAGGUGGUGAACAUGUUGCCCUUCCAAGAAGUGGAGGUGGAGAGCGUUGUCCCGUUCCAGGAGCUGGGUCCCAAUUUCACCUUCUGCUGUGUGGCCAUUAACAGAGAGGGGAACGCUUCUGACAUGUUUCACUCACUCACCAUCACCAGAAAUGUCAUGGCCCCCCCAAACAAGCUCUUCAGCCCCAUUCUCUCCACCUGCAUAGGGACGUCGGUCCUGCUGCUCCUCCUACUCCUCUUCCUCCUCUACAAGUACAACCAGAAACCCAAGUACCAGGUGCGGUGGAAGAUCAUUGAGGCCUGUGAAGGGAAUAACUACAUCUUUAUUGAUCCCACUCAACUGCCAUACAAUGAAAAAUGGGAGUUUCCCAGGAAUAACCUCCAGUUUGGAAAAACUCUUGGAGCAGGAGCCUUUGGAAAAGUGGUAGAAGCCACCGCUUUUGGGCUGGGCAAAGAAGAUUCGGUCCUCAAAGUGGCUGUGAAGAUGCUAAAGUCAUCAGCAGACACAGAUGAGCAGGAGGCUCUCAUGUCUGAGCUGAAGAUCAUGAGUCACUUGGGACACCACGAGAACAUUGUUAACCUGCUGGGAGCAUGUACCUAUGGAGGCCCAAUCCUUGUGAUCACCGAGUACUGUCGCUACGGAGAUCUGCUGAAUUUCCUGCGGAAGAAGGCUGAAUCCAUAAUUAUCCAGGAUUCUGCGCUGGACACCUCUUUAGACAGCGCUGCUGAUUACAAAAACGUUGACCUAGAAAAGAAAUACAUCCGCAGUGACAGCGGCUUUUCGAGCCAGGGUUUGGAAACAUAUGUUGAAAUGAGGCCUGUGUCAUCAUCAUCAUCAUCUUCAGUGUCAUCAGAUUCUGCGCAAGCCAGGGGUGAGUUAAAGAAAGAAGAUGAAACCAGGGAAGAUCUCCGUCCCCUCAAUCUUUCUGACCUGCUACAGUUCUCCAGCCAAGUGGCCCAGGGCAUGGCAUUCCUCGCAUCAAAGAACUGCAUCCACCGUGACUUAGCAGCCAGGAAUGUGCUCGUAUCAGAUGGACGAGUAGCCAAGAUCUGUGACUUCGGCCUGGCCCGUGAUAUCAUGAAUGACUCAAACUAUGUUGUAAAAGGCAAUGCCCGACUGCCCGUGAAAUGGAUGGCCCCAGAGAGUAUCUUUGACUGCAUUUACACAGUGCAGAGUGAUGUGUGGUCUUACGGCAUCCUUCUCUGGGAGAUCUUCUCCCUUGGUAAAAGUCCAUAUCCCGGCAUGGUGGUGAACAGCAAGUUCUAUAGCUUGGUGAAGCAGGGAUAUCAGAUGGCCAGGCCCGACUUCGCUCCCUUGGAAAUGUACAGCAUCAUGCAGGCAUGCUGGAGCCUGGAGCCCACACAGAGACCUACCUUUGACCAGAUCGGCUGCUUCAUUCAGAAAGAACUGGAGGUGCAUAAGGAGCAGGACUACACCAACCUCCCCUCCACUGCUGAGGAAGACAGUGGCUGCGAUACCUCUGGCUGCUGUGAGGAGUCCUGCGAGCAAGAGGAGAGCGGCCAGCCCCUUCUCAAGAGCAACAACUAUCAGUUCUGUUAGCUGGUACCAUUGCCCUGGGAUAGAUCCCUGUCCUCCUGGCUCUGCAGAGUGCACGGUUCUGCUCUGCCCUAGGACACAGAUGCCUUCUGCUUUGGCUCUCCUCUCUGUGCUUUCUGAAGUAUGAGUGUUACCGACUCCCUCACUGAAAGGAUAGCGUUGGAGUGACUCAAAACCAAGACUCACCAUGGGG